AUGAAGGCAAAAUUCGAAAUGAGCAUGAUGGGAGACCUGAAUUUCUUUUUAGGGCUGGAAGUGAAGCAAAGGGAGGAUGGGAUUCUAAUUCACCAGGCCAAGUACAUUCGGGAUAUUCUCACGAAGUACAACAUGAAUGACUGUAAAGUUGCCAGCACCCCAUUCGCCUCUCAGACAGCGCUUACUCUAGAUCCUCAAGGAAAACCAGUAAACAAAUCUUUUUAUCGCUCGAUGAUCGGUUCUCUGAUGUACUUGACAGCUAGCAGGCCGGACAAUAUGUGGGCAGUCUGUCUUUGUGCUCGAUUUCAGACAAAUCCCAAGGAAUCUCACGAAACUGCUGUAAAGCGCAUCUUCUGCUAUCUCAAAGGAACUCCGAAACUAGGUCUUUGGUUGUAA